AUGUCUGCAAAACCGAAGACUCUCAGCAAUGGAACUCUCAGUCUCAGAUUCAUGCAAAAUGCUCAUCGAGCACAGCAGCUGAAGGAAGUCGAAUUGGAAAAAGCUAAAGUCAAAGAAUCUGACCAGUGGGCAAUACCCCAGGAAAUACAGGAAAGUUGGGGGGAAGUAACAUCCGACGCAGUCAGUUAUGAAGACUCUUAUCUUCCUUUUCUCUUCCCGACAGAGCCUUCGAGUUCAUCAAGCUCAGCACAGACGCGAACCAAUGGGCGGCGCGUGUUUAAGAAAGGAGAGGAAGUGACGGGCAAACCAACGACAGAAACGCCGCCCGAACCGACACGCUCUUCGCCGGAUUCUAUAAAGAAAGAAAAAGGGAUUUCUCUCAGUGAUAUGAAAACGUCGACCAUGGCAAAGAAAUUCAAUAAGUCUGCCAAACAAGCAAUUUUCGAGACCGGAAACGUAGGGACUGACCUACGUCCACCGCCUGCGUCCAAGGGUUUCCUCAAGCCCGCCGGUGUUGAUGAACCGAAAGCGUCAUUAAUCAGCGAGACGAGUCUCAGUCUUGGCGCGCGGGAGCGCAAGCGGCCUAAUGACGGUGCGGCACCAGCAGAUGGUGAGGUGAAGAAAAAGAAAAAGAAGAAAACAUCAUAG